CAUAGCAUCCAACAGCUAUACAGCGCAGGUGUGAGAGUAGAAGGGAAAGAUGAAGUCCUGCAUUCUCUACUGGUUUACAAGACGUCUUUUUGCGAUCUUCUUUCUACUCAUCUUUUCUCCUUCAACCAACCAUUCUGUCGUAAGUAGCGCCAUUUGCCCUGAAGAAUGCUCAUGCUCGUUGUAUGUCAUCGACUGCUCCAACAGGUUGCUGACCACAGUACCUACUACCAAUAUUUCGUAUAAUGCUAGAAAGUUCGUCCUAAGUGUCAAUCACCUUACCAUCAUCGAGGAUGAGACCUUCUCCGAACUUAUUAACCUUCAGGAAUUACGUCUGAACCACAAUACUAUAUAUACUUUGAAACCGCUAGCUUUUCGAGGUCUUAAUCAUCUUAUGGAACUCAGUCUCAAGAAUAACCGUCUUGUUGAUAUAUCCGCCAUUCAUAAAUUGCGCCUGGCAGAUUUGAGUGAAAAUCACAUUCGUAUCUUACCGGACCUCGGUAACCUGGCUUCGCUAGAAAAGCUGAUCCUUACAGGGAAUCCAAUUCACUUGAUCUUUUCGUCUAACCCUCCCAGCAGUUUGUACUAUUUAGAUAUAAAAUACGCCGAUCUCUCGUUUAUCCCUAGGCUGAUUCUUUCUCACAACGAAAUCCAGACGAUAGAUUGGGGACCCUCUGACCAACACAUUAGACUACAAACCUUAGACCUGUCUUACAAUCAACUUCCAAUUCUUGAGAAUUUCACGCAUCUGGAUGUCCUCUCAAACCUAGAUCUCAAUCUGGAAAACAACCAGAUCCAGCACAUCAGUCAGUCAGCGUUCAUCAAUCAGGGUCAUUUCAUCCUUCGACUGGGAAACAACCAUCUCGUAUCGAUUCUGUCAAGUUCUCUACCGUUGCUCUCUCGGACCAUCUAUCUUGAUCCGAACCCAUGGCACUGUGACUGUGAAUCAACGGCGCUUAGAAGAUGGCUCUUGCUAUCGGGCGUCCAGCUGUACCAGUGUAUGAAGCCAUCGAAUUUCAGGAACAGGAGUCUCGUAAGUCUGAGAGAGUCAGAGCUGUGUCCUGAUGUAUUUGGUGACUUUGAACCAUCAUGGGAUAUUUCCUUCAACGAAACAAACAAUGCUUCUAACAAAGGAGGUGAUAUGGUAUUUGGGCAGAUCACUGGUGCUGCUCCUGCUGCAGUUGUUUGGGAUGUUGUAUUUAUGCCUACCGACAGGUCUGCCCGCAGCUCUGGCGAUGAGCCAUCCAUCGCAGAGGUGAUCGCUGGGGUCUAUCAUGUCGACCUGAGUAGCAAUCGCAUCAAAAGUAUCUCUGCCCAGAGUUUUACUUUUUGUAUCUUCAUCAAAGAGCUCAAUCUGGAAAACAACCAGAUCCAACACAUCAGUCAGUCAGCGUUCAUCAAUCAGGGUCAUUUCAUCCUUCGACUGGGAAACAACCAUCUUGUAUCGAUUCUACCAAGUUCUCUACCGUUGCUCUCUCGGACUGUCUAUCUUGAUCCGAACCCAUGGCACUGUGACUGUGAAUCAGUGAGUGAGCAGAAGAGAGUAGAACAGUGGGAGGAGAAAAGACAACAACAACAACAACAAAGACAACAGCUAGCUACGGCUCCAACAGCACAGCCACAAAUGACUUUUAUCUGCAGCAACUGCAACAGGACCUGUCUCUCUAGGAUUGGACUGUUCAGUCACAGCAGGAGCUGCACACCAAAAAACUGA